UUUGCGUGAGCUGCUAUAUAGAGAGCGACAAGACGAGCGAGUAGUGUAUACCCCUCCUCGUGCGCGCACUCAAACAUGAGGCCUUUGGAACAGGCGGCAGCAGCUACAGCAACAACAACAACAACGACAACAAUAACAACGGCAGAAUUGACACGAGCAGCAGCGACUAUAACAAUGACCGAAGAAACAGCCUUGAGGAUACUCGAUUAUGCAUAGCUGUUAUUCAGGAGUGAAAGGAGAUUAUUCAUCCAAGUGGAUGCAUGCACCAAGACAUACGUUGUUUACUAGUUGUAGUAGUAGUAGUAGUAAUAGUACUAGAGCCAGCAGCCUUGGUGUAGGCAGCAGCAGCGAGUCGAGGAAGCGGAAGAGCGACGACGACUACGACGUUGCUCUUUCCUCGCUUUUUUCUUCCAGCCUCUUUUUUUCUCUUAACGCCGCGCUGGCAAAGAAGAAGAGCCAUCGUCUGAGAUUUUCAACCGUUCGAUAACGUCUUGUCUGCACCACCCACAUCAACGAUGAUGUACCGUCCGAAUUUCUACGAGUCGAGCUGUCUGCGCUGCCAGCAGACCGUCUACCAGGUGGACCGCGUGGGUCCCCUCAAGGACUUCACGUUCUUCCACUCGGGCUGCUUCAAGUGCGCGAUAUGCGGCACCAAGCUCACCCUCAAGACCUACUACAACAAUCAGCACACGAUCAACGACAAGGAGGUCUACUGUCACAGUCACGUGCCCAAACCCGGCCCUGGGACCCUCGACGGCUCGAGCGUCGGCAUACGCAGCGCACUGAACGUGCCCAAGAGCAGCAACUACAUCAACGAGCAGAUCAGAGCGGGUGGCUCGCCCAGGCCGGCCGUCUACUCGCAUGCGCCAUGCGACAGCGCCGACUCGCCUCGUCACACGAACGGCCACGGCACCGCGUCGCAUCAUCACUCCUCGCCCGCGUCCGCCUACAAUCAUCACAAUUUCUCGUCCUCCUCGUCGACGGCGAUGAACAAUCAGCAUCUUCACCAUCACCAGCCGCACAACUUCAACCAUCAUCAUCAUCAUCACAAUUCUUCCUCCCCGCAUCAUCACAACAAUCACGUUGGCAAUAACAGCGGCGGCGGUGGUGGAUUCAACAACGACGGCUACCAGUACGGCAGAUUCGACGCCAGCGCGCUGCACAUAGCCCACGCGCUCAAGCAGACCGAGAUACAGAAGGGCUACAGCAAGGCCAGAGAGAAACCCAUCGACUUUUAUCUGGACCGAGAUGAGCAGACCCGUCUGGAGAUGAAACAUCGCAAGGAGGAGGACGAUCUGUACAGAAAAUUCGCUCACCAUCGCGAGGAGGAGGAUCGGCGCAUACGCGAAGAGUUUCGGGAUGAGUGGGAAAAGGAGCUGGAGCAGCUGUCGGAGAAAUGGGAGCGCAAACGUAGCAGCCAGCAGUUCCAGCAGGAACGCGACGACCUGGAGAAGAACAUGACACUGCGCAGGGACAAGAAAAAGGAGAGCCUCACCCGCAAAAUGCUCGAGCACGAACGCGCCGCGACGGCCGCCCUCGUCGAGAAGCAGAGCUCGGAGAUGCUCGAGCUGAUUAACGAGGCGCGCAGCGAGUACAUGCAGCAGGAGUCGCUCUACAUCGACGAGUCGGGCGUCGACUACGGCCUGCACGGCUGCGGGCCCGACGGCGCCGGCCCGCCCAGUCCCUACCCAUCUCGGGCCCCGCCACCCCAGCCGCCCAGCCUGGCCAAGUAUCACCUGUACAACGAUCCGCUGGAGUUCGCCGACAUCGACGAGAUCGCCAUCACCGUCGCCCAGGAGGAUCAGAAGACCUUCACCGAUCUGGUGCGUCAGCUGGUGAGCAAGUGCGGCUCCGACAUCGAGAAGGCCCGCACCAUAUUCCGCUGGAUCACCGUGAAGAAUCUCAACACGAUGCAGUUCGAUGACAAUCUCCGUGGCGACACCCCGAUGGGUCUGCUGCGCGGCAUCAAGCACGGCACCGAGUCGUAUCACGUGCUGUUCAAGCGGCUCUGCAGCUACGCAGGGCUCCAUUGCGUGGUGAUCAAGGGCUACAGCAAGUCGGCCGGCUACCAGCCGGGCGUCCGUUUCGAGGACAAUCGCUUCAGGAACAGCUGGAACGCCGUUUACGUGGCGGGCAGCUGGCGUUUCGUCCAGUGCAAUUGGGGAGCUAGGCAUCUGGUCAAUGCCAAGGAGGUGCCGCAUCCGGGCCAGCCCAAGGAGAAGAGCGACAUUCUCAGGUACGAGUACGACGACCAUUACUUCCUAACGGAUCCGCGAGAAUUCAUCUACGAGUUCUUUCCGCUGCAAGAGGAGUGGCAGCUACUCAAGCAGCCCAUAUCUCUCAAGGACUUUGAAGAAUUGCCCUUUGUUCGCUCGCUAUUCUUCAGAUACGGCCUGUACUUCCCGGACACCAACACCAACGCAGUCAUGUACACGGACGCGACCGGGGCCGCCACCGUGCGGAUAGCCAUGCCGGCCAACAUGCAGUCCUCCCUCAUCUUCCACUACAAUCUCAAGUUCUACGACAGCGACGGCGACAACUACGACGGCGUGUCGCUCAAGCGCUUCGUCAUGCAGUCCGUCGUCGGGAAUCUCGUCGCGUUCCGCGUGCACGCCCCGUGCUCGGGCUCGUUCCUCCUGGACGUGUUCGCCAACGCCGUCACGCCCAAGGAGUACCUCACGGGCGAGCCGAUGAAGUUCAAGAGCGUCUGCAAGUUCAAGAUCGCCUGCGAGGAGCUGCAGACGGUGAUGGUGCCGCUGCCCGAUUGCGCCAGCGGCGAGUGGGGCCCGACCAAGGCUACGAGACUGUUCGGCUUGGUGCCCAUAACACACCAAGAGGCUCUGGUGUUCGCUGGACGCGAGCUCGAGAUUCAGUUCCGCAUGUCGCGCCCGCUCACCGACUUCAUGGCGACGCUGCACAAGAACGGCAUCGAGGAGAAGCGACUGUCCAAGUACGUGAGUCACACGGUGACCAACGACGACGUCGUCACAUUCGUCAUCAGCUUUCCCGAGGAGGGCCAGUACGGCCUGGACAUUUAUACGCGCGAGUCGACCACGCCGACACAUCACGACGCGAUGGGCGAGAAACACUUGCUCACGCACUGCUGCAAGUACCUAAUCAAUUCCAGUAAGAGAAAUUAGAAACUCGAUCGACGUUAUUAUUAUUUUCUUAUUACUUCUGAUA